AUGUCUAAUGGUGCAAAGCUCCGUGGAAAAACCGCGGUCAAAGAAGACAAUGAGCUUCCUUUUGUUGAAUCCGAUGACAAUCAAUGUGAGUCGGUGCAUGCAGGGAGGAGACCAAAAAUCCAGCGGCAAAAUUAUCGAAGGCAAACAGAUAAAAAACGAAAUUACGAACAAAUGAAACUUGCAUCAUCUGCGCGGAGCGAGAAAUCGGAUGAUGAUGAUAAAAAUGAGGGAAGCGAUACUGUGAAGCUUGAGGUUAACCGAAAUGAUGAGUUAAUAAAGGCUAAACGAACUCGUGUAGACGCAGCCGAUAAGAUUGUUGGGGGAAUGGAGACGAAGGGUGAAAUUGAAAGGACCAAGAAGAUUCCGUUAAAGAGCUGGAGUCAAGAGGAAACCAAAAUAAUAGUUUCAAAUAUCCUACAACGCCCACACUCGAUCUCGACACUUGCUCAACAAUUUCCACAUAGAACCAAGAUUGCUGUGGAACGCAAAGUUGUCCAAAUGAUUUCGAAAAUUAGAAAAAGUUACGGGAUCGAAAUGCAAUUUCUAAUCGAUUUUCGAUCAUCAUCAAUUCGGCACUUCCUUUCCAAUAGUUCAAGUUUUCCCAAAUUUUCUUUAUCUUCCAAAAAACAUAAUUUUUUAGAUUCGUAUUUGUCAUCGAAAUUUUCAAAAAUCAAUAGUAAAAAACAUUUUAACACUUGUAAAGAUUCAAAAAUCCAAAAAUGCAAUAUCAUUCAAACAAAUAAUGAAGGGAGCUUUAAAACAGAUAGGAGAGCACCAUUUCAAAUUCAAGUUGUCAAGAGAAAUUUUGUGUCAAUUUCUGCGAAAAACCCUGAAUGCUCAAAGUAUGAUGUUAUAGUUGUUGGUGGUGGCCACGCAGGUUCCGAAGCUUGUGCAGCCGCCGCCCGUGUAGGUGCAAAAACUUUGUUAGUAACACAAAGGCUAGAUACCAUUGGUGAAAUGUCAUGCAACCCAUCUUUUGGAGGUAUUGGUAAAGGAAUAUUGAUUAGAGAAAUUGAUGCAUUGGAUGGAUUAUGUGGAAAGAUUUCCGAUUUAGCGGGUAUACAAUUUCACAUAUUAAAUCGAUCGAAAGGUCCUGCUGUGCAUGGUCCAAGGGCACAAAUAGAUAGAAAAUUGUAUAAAAAGUAUAUGCAAGAAUGUCUAUUUAAUUAUCCUAACUUAACAAUAAAAUCGGCGAGUGUGCAUGAUCUUGCGAUGAUAUAUAACCCAUCAAUCCUCGGAGAUGACCAGCAAGUAUCUGGAGAAGUCCAAGGAAUCAAGUUAGACUCCAUUAAUAUUGAGUAUAAUUUAGAUACUGGGGAGAUAAUACAUGCUCCCAAAGUGAUUCUUACUACUGGCACCUUUCUCCAGGGUGAAAUACAUAUUGAUGAAAUAAAUUGUAAUUACAAAUUAGGAAGGGUGGUUUAUCCUGCAGGAAGGUUUGAAGAGGCUCCGUCGAUAGGGCUUUCUAAAACUUUAGAAUUAUUGGGGUUUAAACUUGGGAGAUUGAAAACAGGAACACCACCAAGAUUAGACGGGAGGACCAUAAAUUAUUCAAAUUUAAAAGUUCAAGUUGGCGAUGUACCCGCCACGCCAUUCUCUUUUAUUCAUACUUCUGUCCCUCAUGAGUCAAAUCAAGUUGUCUGUCAUCAGACAAGGACAAAUCUUGAUACGCAUAAAAUCAUUAAAGAUAAUCUAUCUCAGAGCAUUCAUAUUCGGGAGACUGUAAAGGGACCGAGGUAUUGUCCAUCAAUUGAAUCAAAGGUCAUAAGAUUCACCGAGAAACAAAGUCAUAUCAUAUGGCUUGAGCCGGAAGGAUUGGAAAACGUAACAAUGUUGAGGCCAGGAUAUGGUGUGGAAUAUGAUCAUGUGGACCCACGAGAAUUAAAACCGACACUGGAAACCCAUCGUGUUAAAGGUUUAUAUUUGGCGGGACAAAUUAAUGGAACCACUGGUUAUGAAGAAGCUGCUGCACAGGGGAUUGUUGCUGGCAUUAAUGCCGGUCGAGCAACUCAGGACAAAUCAUCAUUCAUAAUUGAUCGUUCGGACGCAUACAUUGGAGUCCUGAUAGAUGAUUUAACAACAAAAGGGGUCGAGGAACCUUAUCGAAUGUUUACGUCCCGUUCAGAGUAUAGAUUAUCGCUUAGAGCUGAUAACGCUGAUGUUAAGUGUGAACACGUAUCGUUAGGUAAUGAAGCAGGAUGCGUGUCCGAACACCGAUGGAAAUGUUAUCAGGAAAUCGAAGAGCAAAUUCUUAAAGGCACCGAACUACUUCGAAAAUUUUCUUUCUCACCACAAAAAUGGAAUGCCAUGGGAAUUAAUGUUGGUUUUGAUGGUGUCGUUAGGAGUGCCAUUGAUAUAAUCGGGUCUCGUAAUAUGACUAUUGAUGAUUUAAUCCAUGUUAUCCCUGAACUAUCUCAAAUCAAGAAAUCCGUGCGCCAUAGGUUGGUUAUUGAAGCGAUAUAUAAGGAAUAUCUGGAAAAACAAGAACACGAAGUACAGGCGUUUAAGAAAGAUGAAAGAAUGUUAAUACCCGAAAAUCUGAACUACGACACGGUAACCAAUCUAUCGAAAGAAAUCAGAUAUAAGCUUAAACUAAUUAAGCCCAACACGUUGGGGGCGGCAAAAAGAAUAGAAGGAAUGACACCGGCGAGUAUAGUUGCAUUAAUGAAAUAUGUACAAAAGCAAAAUAAUAAUAGUGCGUCAAAUUUCUGA